AUGUGAUCCAGCCCCUGGUCCACGUGGGCAUGUGAGUCAGCAGCAUGGAGGCUGGAGGUUUAUGUAAUUUACCCAAAAACAGAGUCUGAUGUCCACGUGAACUGAUUUGGAGAGGAAUCGUUUUGGAAAGCCUAAGAACGAAGAGUUCUUAAAGAUAAUAAUGGAGUACUGCAAGUGGCGUGACGAUGGAGCCAGUAUGAUCUCGGAUGACGAAGGGCUUGGAGCUGACAGUUCUGCCAGUACUUCCCAGCUACAUCAGCAGGGGAAUGCUGAUUUAAUGUUCAAAAGUCAAAAGCAGCGUGUAAAAAACUCUAUAGAGUGCAAAUGGCACCUGGCAGAAGCCCAGCAAAAACUCUGCAGCCUGGAACUGCACAACUCAGAGUCUCUAGAGCAGGAGCAUGCCAAAGCCCAGGCCGAUUCCUCUGAGCUCAGACAGACGGAGCAGGAUUGGAGACACAAAGAGAAGAUGCUAAGAUGGGGUGAAAGGCAGAACCCCGUGCUUAGCAAUGCCUUCAGCAGAGAGGUGUUCAAUAAGAGUUUUAUAAACAUUCAAAAUGGAAACAAAGAAGCAGAUGAGGAUAGAAGCAAAAGCUUUGUACAGAAAUAUGAAGAACAGCUCAAACAUUUUGGCAUGCUAAACAGAUGGGAUGACAGCCAGAGGUAUCUCUCUGAUCACUCUCAUCUUGUCUGUGAAGAGACCGCCAAUUACCUCCUUUUGUGGUGCUUCCAUCUGCAGGCGGAUAAGAAAGAAGCCCUGAUGGAGCAGGUGGCCCAUCAGGCCAUGGCCAUGCAGUUCAUUCUCGAAAUGGCCAACAGCCAUAAAGUUGACCCCAGGGGCUGUUUUCGACAGUUCUUCCAGAAAGCAAAAGCAGGAGAGGAGGGUUAUUUGGAAGCCUUUACAACUGAACUAGAAGCAUUCAAGUGGCGAGUGAAACAAUAUCCAUUAAAUUGCAGUGGCGAGAUCUCGGAGGAGAUGCAGCAGCUGAAGUCUUUGAAUCACUGCUCUGUGGAGCCUACGGAAGUCAUGGAAUCAUUAGCACCAGACUUAAAGAGAGGAUUCCAGCUACAAGAUAGGCAGGUUCUACAGAAUGUACAAAGUAAUAUGAACCCACAGGUUUCUGAAUAUUAUGUGAAGUGCUGCAUAGAUGCUGGCCUGUGGGUUGUGCCAACCAAAGAGGAUACCGAUGAAACUCGAAUGAUGGAGACUUCAUAGCCAAAGAAUUGUGCUCAACCGCAAUAUGCAGAGGAAUGCUUCCGUAAACAGGGUGGGGUAUGGGAGAGGUUCAGACUAUUUUUGUAUUCAGAUUGGUAUGUGCCUGAAUAAGUGCUGCACUUUAUAUUUGUUCAAAAGUAUUUAAGAGGAAAUUGUAUUUUUGCUUUGUUCUUUUUAUGUUAGUUAAGAAAAGGCUAUUUUUAGUGGUGGUGCUAAUCGGAAGAGUAUAUAAUACUUAUGUUACUAUUAAAUAAUCUUCCCUCUUCCAUAGGAAACUUUGCAUCAAAUGGCUGCAGUUCAUGUCUGCUAAAUAAACAAAUAAUAUUAAUGUGCAGUGCAGGAUAGAAUGAAAUCUGCAGUCACAGCAGGUUAAUUCAUAACCUUGUGUCAUUAUAGUUGGCAUAUAAACAGUGUCUGCUGAAAAGAGAAAUAACUUUAAUGAUGUUAGCAUCAGCAGAUACACUGAAAUUCCAAAUUAAUGGUGCAGUAUUUUGGGUGAAUUGUGUAAGAACAGAAGUCCCCCACCUUUCAAGAUGCAUCAUUUUACACUCCCUCAUUAACUGCAAAAUGUGUGUGUGUGGUUUUCAUUGUUAUUAUUUGUAUUAUUUUUUUUUAAUUUAAGGUUAGGCACCAUACAUACAUACAUUUAUUGGGUUUGUUUUCUACACAACUAAACCAUACUAUAGAUAUUCAAAAUGGUUCAUUGCAUUUUUUAACGGCGCAAUUUUAGAACAAGACAAUUUUAGACCUCACAAAACAAGACUGAAAACACAAUAAAAUUAAGAAGCUAUUCAGAAAUUAAAGAUGUCUCUUUGAUUUGGAAUUAUUGUUAUCUAAAAAUAACUCCCUUUUUUUAAUAGUGUGGUCACUGCUCCAUCUAUGUGAAUGCCAUUUUUACACAGUAUUCACACCAAACACUAAAGAGUGUUCCACAGGUAUUAAAGCCCCCUAACGCUCUCUGAUGGAGACAGUGUCCUAUUUCCAGUUAACUAUUUCUGGUAAUGUUUAGGAAAGUUAGGCACAUGCCGUAGGAUCAAUAAAAAGUGUUCAUUAACUUUCAGCACUUCAUAUAUCAGAAACUGUUUCCGAUUUCAUCAUUGCAGGAUUACAGAAACUAAUUUACUGAUGCUCUCUUGUGGUCAUGUGACUUUGAUUUUCUUAUGAAGACUAAAUGCUCCAGAUUUGCUGAAUGUUAUGAUUGGUCAAAAGGUUGAGUUAUGUUUAGUUAAAAUUGACUGUUUGGUACUUCACAAUCCCGACACCUGAUGGGUUGGGAUAUUAAAAGUUAUUUCUAGUUUUAAAAACUA